AUGGUCGCCAGAAUCUCCUACAGUUCCCGUCAUACCGCACGGCCCCUCCAGCCAGUUCCGCCUGGGAAGAAGCCUUCCGACCACUCUCGCAUUAAGAUAAAGUUGCGUUUCAGCGAAAGAAUUGGACGCCGAGUAGCAAAGCAAAGCAUUCCCUGCCCUCAAAAGACAGAGACACAUCGCCGCCGUCGGCAUUUGCUCAGCCGUAAUGCCGCUGACUGCGAGGCGACUCGAGUCGAUUGGAUGCUCCGACUUCGCCCGAUGCCACACCGAGUGUGCUAG